AAACCAAAACAGAAAGUAAAACAAAAAGAAACACCGACAACAAGAACACACAACAAAAUGGGCACAAGGGAAGAUGAGUACGAUUAUUUAUUUAAAGUUGUUCUAAUUGGCGAUUCUGGUGUCGGCAAAAGUAAUUUACUUUCACGUUUCACGCGCAAUGAAUUCAAUUUGGAAUCGAAAUCAACGAUUGGCGUGGAGUUCGCCACACGUAGCAUAGAGGUUGAUGGUAAAACAAUUAAAGCUCAGAUCUGGGACACAGCCGGCCAGGAGCGUUAUCGUGCUAUUACAUCGGCCUAUUAUCGUGGAGCUGUUGGUGCUUUGUUGGUCUACGAUAUUGCAAAACAUUUGACAUAUGAAAAUGUUGAAAGAUGGUUGCGGGAAUUGCGUGAUCAUGCCGAUCAAAAUAUUGUCAUUAUGUUGGUGGGUAAUAAGUCCGAUUUGAGACAUUUGCGGUCAGUACCAACGGAUGAGGCUAAACUAUUUGCCGAACGUAAUGGCUUGAGUUUCAUUGAAACAUCAGCGUUAGAUUCUACUAAUGUUGAAACUGCAUUCCAGAAUAUACUCACAGAAAUCUACCGUAUUGUUUCGCAAAAGCAAAUACGUGAUCCACCAGAGGGUGAUGUUAUUCGUCCUGGCAAUGAUGUACCCAUUGAUAUUAAGCCGACUGUUACUAAUAAUGUACCCAAACAAUGCUGUCAGUGACCGCCUUAUAGCUGCCCCUCAA